UUCUCUCAAUCCCUGAGAACUCCACCAAUCUUCAGCGGGGAGACGUGCUUGCAGAGCUCCGGUCUAAUGGCGAGGCCUUCGCAGGACGCGAUCGACACCUUCAUUAGCUUCACUGGCUCCACCGAGGCCGCCGCCAUCCAGAAACUUGAGGAAAAUCGUGGAGAUCUGAAUGCAGCUGUCAAUACAUAUUUCAGUGAAGGAGAUAGAAGAAAUUUACCAGCUGAUGAUGAUGAUUUGAUGAAUAUAGACAGCCAUGUUAAUGAUGAAACUCCACAACCUACUUUUCCACUUCUGUCAGCUGCCCGCGGUGUGAACCCAUUUUCAGUCCUUGAUCCGAAUGUUUGGUCGAAACUUUUUGAUCGUGCAACUGAUUUUCCUGGCCUUUCACCAAUUGUUUCACAUCCGCGUGAAGUGCGGGAAAUUCCUAUUGAGUUCAAGAAUGAAAAUAAUGAUUCUGGUUCUUCUGCUCAUGGGCCUGUUAUAGAGGAUGUUACUGGAACAGUAUCUAUACCAGGAUCAGAAACUCAUGGAACUGUCAUAAUUGAUGAUGAUGAGGAUGAGGAUAUUCCUAAUGCUUCUGCUGAUCAUAGAACAAGUCAUAAUGAAAUACAUAAUGUCCCUGGUGAUGUUCCUUUUGGAGCACAUCCUCGACCUGGUGCUACUCCAUCUGUUGAUUUGAUUGAUUACAACAAUGAUAUUGAAGAGGAAAUGAUUCAAGCCGCAAUUGAAGCUUCAAAGCAUGACGCUGGGGAUUAUCCGAGUCAGCAUUCUGAUGUACCAAAUCAGCCAUCUGUUUCCCACUUUGAGCGGCGUUCACCCCCUUUUGAGGAUUCUGAUCUGGCACGAGCAGUUUCACUCUCAUUAAAGACUGCAGAGCAAGAAAGAGCCCUCCGUGAACAGGGUGGUCAAGCUAAUGAGGCACAACCUUCUUAUGCAUCUGAUAUUAAACAGGAAGAAGUACAUGGAACCACUUUGGAAAAUGGAAGUCAUGUAAAUUCAGUGGAGGAGAACUUAUUUGUCCAUGAAGAAGAUGAGGAAGAUGAACAACCACUAGUGAGGCACCGUUCUAGGCGUCUAGGGACUGGAAAUGCAGGAACUGGGCAAGUGAUUGAUAGCUCUUCUUCAAGUCCUGAACAGCAUGAUGUUUCUGUUCAUCCACAGAAUAAUGGAGUUGCCUUCCAGUCAGAUGAGUGGGGGGGCAUAUCUAAUGAAGAGCAUGACGAAGCUGUAAUGCUUGAGGCUGCAAUGUUUGGUGGUGUUCCUGACAAUACUGCUUAUCACUUUCCAUACCCAUCUCAUCAAGGCUUGCAAAACAGUUCAUCUUUCUAUCCUCGGGCGCCUCGUCCUCCAUCACCGACAUUAGUGGAACAACGCUUGCUAAGGGAGCAGCAGGAUGAUGAGUAUCUUGCAGCACUACAAGCAGAUAGAGAAAAGGAAUUAAAAUUUAUGCAAGAGGCUGAACGUCGUCAAUUGGAGGAAGCUGCUGCCAGGGAAGCUUCUCUUGAAAGAGAAAGACAUCAAGAGGAAGAGAAUCGCAGGAAAAUGCUUGAGGAAGAGGAAUUUAAGAGGGAACUUGCUGCAAAGGAAGCAUCUCUGCCUCAGGAACCUGGUUCAGAUGAUGAAAGUGCUGUUACACUUCUUGUUCGCAUGCCUGAUGGUGAGUCGCCAGGGGACGCUCGCUUUUUCAAAAAUCUGAUAGGGCUUCAGUUUCUUUUUGAUUUCAUAGAUAUUGGAAGGUUGGUCAAACCGGGCACCUACAGAUUGGUCAGGCCAUUCCCAAGGCGUGCAUUUACCGUCGGAGAAAGUGAACUGACCUUGAGUGAAUUGGGUCUGACCAGCAAGCAAGAAGCCUUAUUUCUAGAAUUAGUUUAGUUUCAUUUUAUCUUAUUUAUAAACAGGUGAAAAAAAAAACAUGCUUUAAGUAAAGGCUAGAAGUAAAAAAAAAUGUCGGUUGGGACAUGAUAUGAAAUUUGAGGGGUCUCAUGUUUUUAUUACCCAAAAUUUGCAUGAUCAAGUCCAGGAGUGUUUUUUUUAAUUGAUUGAAGCCGUGAUUGGGCCUGAGCAGCUCAUGAAUGUUUCGAUGAUGUCAAACAUCUGAAUAUUUAUUUAUUUAUGUACAGAAACAUCAUCAACAGCAAUGCGUCUUUUUAAUGGUCUAUCAUUUUAUUAGAAAAACAUAACCUUUGUUGGCUA